AAAAGUAAUAAUAAACUUUUUAUCGAAAAUAUCAAAAAUAAACUAAUCGUAUGUCAUUGGACUAUUGGAGUGAUGAUCACAAUAAUUAAUAAAAAAUGGAAAAAAAAACCAAAAUUCAAUGAAAAAAAAUUUGUGACAUUUUUAUCAUAAUUUGUCGUGUGUUUAGAAAAGAGUGAGAAAAAAGAACUCAUUGUUGUGAAGAUUUAGAUUUGAAGUAGCAGAAAUCACGAUUUCAAUGUAACAUACCAGCUCCGAUUUCUGACCUAACUCUCACGAUCUCGGUUUGCUUAGCAAAAUGGGAAAUGUGAAAUUGCAAAUGCAAACUGGUAUCAAUGCAAUGGAAGAGGAAGCUGGGCAGAGUGGUGCUGGAUAUCCUAGCAGGACUACUGUGGCAUGCAUGAUUAAUGCAGAAAUCGGUGCUGUUUUGGCAGUCAUGCGAAGAAAUGUUAGAUGGGGUGUUCAUUAUAUGUCAGAUGAUGAUCAAUUGGAGCACUCCCUUGUUCAGUCUUUAAAGGCAUUAAGGCGGCAAAUUUUUUCAUGGCACAGUCAGUGGCAUGUCAUAAACCCUGUCUUGUAUCUCCAGCCUUUUCUGGAUGUGAUUCAAUCAGAUGAAACUGGUGCACCAAUUACUGGUGUUGCUCUGUCGUCUGUUUACAAGAUCUUAACUCUCGAUGUAAUUGAUCAAAACACUGUCAAUAUUGGGGAUGCCAUGCACUUGGUAGUUGAUGCUGUCACAAGUUGCAGAUUCGAGGUGACCGAUCCAGGAUCCGAAGAAGUGGUAUUAAUGAAAAUAUUACAAGUUCUUCUGGCAUGUGUGAAAAGUAAAGCAUCCGUAAUGCUGAGUAACCAACAUAUUUGCACCAUAGUAAACACUUGUUUCCGUAUAGUUCAUCAAGCAGGAACCAAAAGUGAGUUGCUUCAGAGAAUAGCUCGGUACACAAUGCAUGAACUUGUUCGGUCUAUUUUCUCUCACCUUCAAGACAUAGAUGUCACAGAGCAUGCAUUGGAAAAUGGGAGCGCUGCUUUAAAAGAAGAGAUUGAUGGGCAAAAAAAUGAGCAUAAUUCUGCAAACAGUCAAUUGGAAAAUGGUAGUCUGAUUUCUGCAAGUGACAGUCAAUCUGUAUCCACAGGCGUUGCUUCCAGUACUUUGAGUGAUGUGGCAGCAAUAAUAGUGGAUGUAAACGCUGCUGCAAGCAGUGGCAAGGAGACUGAUCCGAAUGAACAGCUCAUGAAUGAACCGUAUGGAAUUCCUUGCAUGGUGGAAAUAUUUCAUUUCAUGUGUUCACUUUUGAAUGUUGUUGAGCAUAUGGGAAUGAGUCCUCGAUUAAACACAAUUGCAUUUGAUGAAGACGUUCCUCUUUUUGCCUUAACUUUGAUUAAUUCGGCCAUAGAGUUGGGAGGGUCUUCCUUUCACCGACACCCUAAGUUGUUGAGCUUAAUUCAGGAUGAAUUAUUCGGCAAUCUUAUGCAAUUUGGUUUGUCAAUGAGUCCCCUUGUACUUUCCAUGGUAAGUAGCAUUGUUUUAAAUUUGUAUCACCAUCUUCGUACAGAACUCAAGUUACAACUAGAAGCAUUUUUUUCUUGUGUAAUUUUGAGGCUUGCACAAAGCAAAUACGGGGCUUCAUAUCAACAACAGGAAGUAGCCAUGGAGGCACUUGUUGACUUCUGCAGGCAAAAAGCAUUUGUGGUGGAGAUGUAUGCUAACUUUGACUGUGACAUAACUUGCAGUAAUAUCUUUGAAGACAUUGUUAAUUUGUUGUCCAAGAGUGCAUUUCCUGUGAACAGUCCAUUAUCUACCAUGAAUAUUCUUGCUUUGGACGGUCUUAUUGCUGUCAUACAAGGAAUGGCCGAAAGGAUAGGUAACGGAUCUUUGAGUUCAGAACAUUCUAUUGUGAAUCUUGAAGAGUAUACUCCAUUCUGGCUUGAAAAGUGUGAAAAUUUCACCGAGCCAAAUAAUUGGGUUCCUUUUGUUGGUCGAAGAAAGCAAUUCAAGAAAAGAUUGAUGAUUGGAGCCGAUCAUUUUAAUCGUGAUACUAAGAAAGGUCUUCAGUUUCUCCAAGGAACACAUCUUUUGCCCGAGAAACUUGAUCCCCAAAGUGUUGCCUUCUUUUUCAGAUACACUACUGGGUUGGAUAAGAAUCUCAUUGGUGAUUACCUUGGAAACCAUGAUGAAUUCUGUGUUGAGGUUCUUCAUGAAUUUGCUAGAACAUUUGAUUUCAAUGACAUGGCAUUGGAUACAGCCCUGCGUAUUUUUUUGGAAACUUUCAGAUUGCCCGGAGAAUCACAGAAGAUCCAGAGGGUGCUUGAAGCUUUCUCAGAGAGAUAUUAUGAGCAGUCACCACAUAUCCUAGCUAACAAGGAUGCGGCUCUCUUGUUAUCAUAUUCAAUUAUAAUGCUUAAUACAGAUCAGCACAACUCACAGGUCAAAAAGAAGAUGACAGAAGAAGAUUUUGUCCGAAAUAAUAGGCGAAUAAAUGGUGGCAAUGAUCUACCCCGAGAAGUCCUGUCUGGACUAUUUCAUUCGAUUUGUAAAAAUGAGAUCCGGACAACUCCUGAGCAAGGUUCUACUUUUCCUGAAAUGACCCCAAGUCGGUGGAUAUAUCUCAUACACAAGUCAAAAAGCACAGCUCCCUUCAUUGUUUCUGAUUGCAAAGCACACCUUGAUUAUGAUAUGUUUGCCAUAUUGUCUGGUCCGACAGUUGCUGCCGUUUCUGUUGUAUUUGACAAUGCUGAAACUGAAGUGGUGUACCAAACAUGUAUGGAUGGAUUCUUAGCUGUUGCAAAGGUAUCAGCUUAUUAUCAUCUUGACAGUAUACUAGAUGAUUUGGUUGUGUCACUUUGUAAGUUUGUUACUAUUUUGGAUCCGUUAUCUCCCGAGGAGUCAAUUUUAGCCUUUGGAGAGGACAUAAAAGCAAGAAUGGCAACUGAGACUGUUUUCACCAUUGCGAAUCGGUAUGGUGAUUACAUCCGCACAGGGUGGAGGGAUAUUCUCGAUUGUAUCUUGAAAUUUCACAAGUUAGGUCUUCUUCCUUCUCAAAUGGCCAAUGAUGCAGCCGAAGAGUCAGAGCCUUCUACAGAAACAGAGAAUGGGAAACGUUAUGCUAAUUCUUUAGCUUCAUCUCAGCUUGUCUCUGUUAAUACUCCAAAGAGAUCCUCAGGAUUGAUCAGCAGGUUUAGUCAACUCUUAUAUCUUGGCGCCGAAGAGACAAAAUCAGAACCAACUGAAGAACAACUUGCUGCUCAGCAGAGUUCUCUUCAAACAAUUCAGAAGUGUCACAUUGGGAGCAUAUUUACUGAGAGUAAGUUUUUGCAAGCUGAUUCUCUAUUGCACCUUGCUAAAGCACUCAAAAGCGCAGGAGUGAAGCCUAAGAAAGGGUCUGAGGAUGAAGAUACUUCAGUUUUCUGCCUGGAGUUGCUGGUAGCAAUCACUCUGAAUAACAGAGAUAGAAUUGAACUUCUUUGGCCAGAUGUUUAUGAGCAUAUUUCCAAUAUUGUGCAAUCAACUGUGAUGCCUUGUGCACAGGUAGAGAAGGCUGUUUUUGGACUCUUAAGGAUUUGCCAUCGCUUACUUCCCUACAAAGAGAACAUUACCGAUGAGCUUUUGAAGUCACUUCAACUUGUCCUGAAGCUUGAUGCAAGGGUUGCUGAUACAUACUAUGAACAGAUUACACAGGAAGUUAGUAACCUUGUGAAGGCAAAUGCUUCUCACAUUAGAUCUCAGUUAGGAUGGCGGACGAUAACAUCACUGCUUUCCAUCACUGCUAGACACUUGGAAUCAUCCGAGGCUGGAUUUGAUGCUUUGUUUUUCAUUAUGUCAGAUGGAGCCCACAUACUUCCAGCUAAUUUUGUUCUUUGUGUAGAUGCUGCAAAGCAAUUUGCCGAGUCUCGUGUUGGACAGGUCGAGCGGUCUGUAGUGGCACUUGAUCUAUUGGCAGGGUCUGUCAAUUGUCUUGAGAAGUGGACUAAUGAUGCUAAGCAAGUAAUGGAAGAAGAGGAAGUGGCAAAGAUGUUGCAGGAUAUUGGGGACAUGUGGUUGAGGCUUGUACAGGGACUAAAAAAACUAUGUUUGGACCAAAGAGAAGAGGUUCGAAACCAUGCGUUGUUAUUGUUGCAGAAUUGCUUAACAGGAUCAGUUGGAAUUCAUAUCCCACAUGAGUUGUGGUUACAAUGUUUUGAUCAAGUGAUCUUCACCGUGCUUGAUGACCUACUUGAAAUUUCUCAGACACACUCUCCAAAGGACUACCGAAACAUGGAAGGAACACUUGUUCUUGCCGUGAAGCUCUUGUCCAAAGUUUUCCUGUUGUUACUCCAAGACUUAUCACAAUCUACAGACUUCAGCAAAUUAUGGUUGGGGGUGUUAAGUCGUUUCGAAAUAUUUAUGAAGGUGAAAAUUAGGGGAAGGAAAAGUGAGAAGUUUCAAGAGCUUGUACCUGAGCUUCUCAAGAACACUUUGCUUGUUAUGAAAGCAGGUCGUGUACUGGAACGAAGCAGUAGUAGUGGAGAUGAAAACAGUUUAUGGGAACAGACAUGGCUGCAUAUAAAUAAUAUCGCCCCAUCGUUACAAUCUGAGGUUUUCCCUGAGCAAGAUUCUAAGCAAUUGGAGCAGAAACAGACUGAACAAGUUGGAGAUAGAGGGCCUGCUGAGAAUGUUUCUGUGCCUUCAAAUGAAACAGCAGGCGAAGAUGGUACUGGUAAUGGUAUUGGUUAAUCAUAUAUAUACUUGUAGUGCUGCUCCGGCUACCUGAUUCAGUUUUGGUGCGUCCCUAUGAACCCAUAUUCUCAGUCCUUCAAUGGUUUUUUCACUUUGGAGGUUGUCUGGGUUCUCAGAAACUGAUUAUGCAGAAUGUAUACCAGAGAUGUCAUUCACAUCUUCAAUGGGAUGCUUGCUUGAUGCUGGUAAGAUUUUUGGUUGAAGAUAUGUUAUAGCUUGAGAAACAUUUAGAAUGCUUCACUUUGUAGUAUUGAUGGUCCUUAUAGUCAUAGAGAUUCUUCCAUCUCCUUGAGUUGAGUUUAGGCUUCAGCCGAUUAACUGCAAAUUUAUUCGGAGGUUUUUUCAUACUAAAUUGUACAGAACUUGAUAUUGUUAUCUCUUAGCUGUGAGAUGUGAGGUAUGAUGCAAACAACAAAUUUUUUGGAAUUGUCAUAAAUGUGUAUCUGAAUGUCCAUGGUUAUGCAUUCAUUUGAUAUACCUGA